UACCGGCGUUAUUGGCCCUGUCAUUGGCUCUGUUGCCCUCUGUCUGAUUCUUGCUGCCGCCUUCAUUGUGUGGAAACGAACACAACGCAAAUUCAAUAAAAAUGAGAAAAGCAUGGAGGAUGGAAAUGAUCAGAACAGAAAACAAAAGGUAAUUUACUCAAAAAGGGACAACAGUGAAUUCAAGGUUGCAGUCAAAAAAGGAGAAAGUGAGAUUCUCUUGACAGGAAGAGAAGAAGAAGAAACACAAGAUGAGCAUGUGAUAGAAAAAGAGCUAAUAGGGGAUAUGGAGAGGCCAGAAGAAGAGAGAAUAAUUCCAUCUAUAAAUAUUGAAAAAGAUUCUCAGUCUACAACAGAUCAAGAGACAGAUGAAGAAAAUGAAAUGACAGGAAGAAGAGUGAAAGCUGAAGGAGGUGAAGAUGAAGGAGAGAAGAUGAUGGAAUCAGUAAAAUAUUAUUUAGGAGUUCAGUUUUUACCACUAUCAGAAAAACACAAAGAGGAGCUCAUGUCAGGAAUAUCAAGUUCUAUGGAAUGGGGAAUAUAUUUUAACCUUGAUCAGAAGCAACAGAGUGAACAAGAAGAGCAGUUUGUGGAAGAAAGAGAAACAGAGAGUGAUGUGGACAUGAAGCAGCUAAACAACAAGAAAAAGAGGUCAAAGAAAAAGAAGACCCAACUUAAUAACCCAUGUUCAGGGUUUCCACCAGAGAAGACAAAACAACCUGAAACAGACCAACAGAAAGAAGCAAACCAGAGGACACUUCAAUCAGAGACAGGAAUGAAAGGAGAGAACAAUGAGACAGAGAUCCAAACACAAAAAGACAAAGACAACCAACAUCACACAAAAGAAAAACAGCAAGACAGAAAUGAACCUGAAGAUCAAGAAGGAUAAGAUGAAAAGGGGAAACCAGAGCGACGGUAAGAAGAUAUGAAAGCAGAACUAGGGAGUGAUAAAGAGUUUCACUACAGUGCUUAUCAACUUUAUUUGUUAACUUAGGCUUUCAGCUUCAAGCUCGGUGCAUGCUCACAUAAAAGGGAGCAUUAGCCACAUCAUUUGAUACUUCUGACAUUCAAAUCAUCAAAGAAAUGCGUGCUAAAGAUGUACAAGAAUCAUAAAAAUUAUAAUAUUGCUGCAGUUAAAGCAAAUUUCAGUUUGUUGCCAGAUCAAAAUAGAAUUUAUUCUAUUGAUUAAAUAGGUGCUAUUGAUGAUCAAUAGCCUACAGAUGUGAUUUAUUAGUUCAUAGUCUAUAAAAACAAAAAAAACCUUUCCCCACUCGCCCCUGCGGGUGGUCAAUCCUUCAAGCUCGGGUCCU